GGCGGCGCCACACCUACCUGCCGUGUGGCUGCCCAGAACUUGCGCCGCAGGAAUUCCAGCUUCAUCUGGACGCCCACCGCUGCCAGCAGUGGGAGGAGGGAGGGCAAGGCCGGGUAUAUGUUUUGGGGGAGGGAAGAGACAGGGAGAGAAAAAAAUAGAUUCAUGUUAAAGAGAGGAGGUGCCUCAGCAGGACUGAGGGAGCGAUUGUGAGCUGGGGAGUGAGAGGGGUGCAAGCGAAGAGAAGGGAGCCCAUGGCUCCCACCCUCCCAGCUGCAGGACAGCCCCAGAAAAUCUCGAGAACAAGGAGGACCAGAUUCAUCCUCAGAUCCCUGCAACUCAAGGCAGGGGGACUAGGCGGAUCAUUCUCCCCUUUCCCAGGUGGGAAAGUAGAGGACAGAGGAACUGAGCACUUGUGCAGGAUCAUGUGGCCAAUGGCGGCCACCUGAGACCGGGCAACUCUCAGGGCUGCUUAGAUCUGAACCCCUGUAACACCCUCUGGCACCCGCACCUACUCAGGCUGUCCCUGUGCAAGGAGGCUCUUUCCUUGCUUGAAGUGAUCAGAUGUGCCCAGGUGUGCGGCCGCUUCCAGGAAACCUCAGACGCUCGGCCGCAGAUAGUGCUCUCGACAGCUGCACUCGCAGGGCCACCCUCCUCUUUGACUCCCAAACAGUCUCAGAGAACCCAAGCGAGUGCUCACAUGCUAAGAGAAAUCUGGGACAAAGAGCUCCAGGAAAACUUGGGAGCAAUGAAUACAAAGAAAAGGCAGGUUCUAUUGAAAAGAAAAAGAAUGUAAAAAUGAGGCCAGCCUCCUAGUGUCUGGCAUUAUAAUAUAAAAAAUGUCUUGGGAGCUUAGGACGUGUCAGGCACCGUGACACACGUGGGUUUAUUUGAUCCCCGUGGCAGGAUAGCACUGCCAUUGCCCGGACUUUCCCAGCGAGGCAGUGGAGGCCUUCAGAGCCACGUGGCUUGGCCAGGUCACUGGCUGGUACGUGAUGGAACCAGGCUUAGCUAGGUCUGUCUCAGGCUUAAGCUCUUGACCUCCCUCUCUCUGCACCUGGACCUGAGUCCUACAGCCACGAAGGAGGGUGGGGCACGGGCAGGCCACACCCCUCUGGGCUUCAGUUUCCUCAUCUGUGAAAUGGGAAGGGGUCUGGGGGCUUGAACAUCAUGUCGGGUCCAUAAGAAAUUUCUAGAGCCCCCUAAUGGGCACUGGAGAGUCUUGCCAUCACAGCCGUUCUGACUUCCUGAGUGCCCGGCUGGCUUUUCUCGGGGGGGCUAGAGUUCCAGGGUGACAGACAGAAUUGUAUUUUUUUUCCUUCCAUCUGGAAUGAUGCUAGAGAAAUUUGAUGGGAAAAGAUGAGUCUAGGGAAGAGUCAGGAUUCUAGCCCUGGACUUUCCAGGGCUGUGAUCUUUGGGCUUAGUUUCCCAAGUUGUAAAGUGAGUCAUGAUUGCGCUAACCCCAGAAAGGCAGGAUGAGUGCAAGGUCACUGAGGCUCCAUGAGACAACGAGACAACGUAAGGACUAUUAUCCCAGACUAGGCCAUGGCCUCCAAACUUCAGCGUGCAUUGGAAUCACCUGGAAGGUUUGUCAAAAUCCCAUCCCCAGAGGUCAGCAGGUCUGGGCUGGGCCCGAGGGUCUGCAUUUCUGAAGUGUUCCCCGGUGACGGUGGUGCUGCCGGCGCAGGAACCAUAUUCUGGGACCCCUGAUCUGAAGCCUCACUGUUGGAACCAUCUAACGGUGGAGAUGUCCUCUAUUGUGCUGUCCCAAACAGCAGCCACCAGCCACAUGUGGCUGCCGAGAACAUGCAAUGUGGCUGGAGCAACUGAACACCAGAAUUUUUAAAGAUGUAUUUGAUUUUAUUAUAAUGAACUUAAAUGUAAAUGGCCACACAUGGCUGGUGGCCGCUGUACUGCGUAGCAUAGUUCUAGAGCUCAUCAGAGCUUGCUGAUGAAGAAACAGAAGACCUGGGAUCCCCUUCUCUCCCUUGGAGUCACGUGGCGUCUCUGGGGUGACACUAUGGCCCCAUGAGACAGGACCAUUUUAACUCUUUGAGGGCUUCUUUGUUGCUUCAAGGUCCGGGUGGCUGAAAGGAGUGGGUGGGAAAGGGUAAGUGACACACUUGUUGGUUCGCAGCAAAGAUGGAGCCGUGGACACAGCAUGGGCCAGGAGGGCCAUGUGCUGGGGCAGCAUGGCCACCAGCCCCUCCUGCUGCCCACGAGCCUCUCUCAGUGUCUUCUCCUUUCCCUUAUAAUGCCACCUUGGUGUUCAUUUUAGAGAGGUUUCUUUUACCUGCAGAAAAAGGCUAGAUGAAAGAGGAUGAACCUUCUAAAAAUUGUUGGAGGGGAAUCACAUUAAUGCUUAGAAUGAUCAAAUCUUUGGGAUUUAAGAAAACUUCUUUAACCCUGUCUUGGCCUCUGUGGUUAGAGAGGUCUGAGAUUAUUCCUAGAGUGAGACUCUGCCCUUCUCCUUGGUGGCUCAGUGUCCAGUCUCAUGGAAUGAGAUUUCCAAGCUGGGAGAAAUUCUCUCAUUCUAACGCAGGAGUCUGGAGAGGGUGGGGCUUAAUCCCUCUCUAAUGAAACUCGGGUUUUGAGGCUUCUUGGGCAGAGUGAGGGGAGCAGGGUACCAGAGCAGGUUCAGCCACCUCUGGGUUCCAACUAGCUGCACCACAAACUCCUUCAAGGAAAGCUCUGUGUCCUUUGCAGAAUUUAGGACCUUCUGGCUGCCUGCUAGCGUGCCAUCUCCACUUGGGUUCCCCACGGCACUUCAAACCUAACUAGGGCCAAACUAGGGCCUUUCCUCCCCAAAGCUGACCCUCCUUGAAACGUCCCCAUUUCAGGGCACAUAUUCUAUCUGACUGCUAGCAUUUACCCUCCUCCCAUCCAAGUUCUGCAGACCUUAGUGGCAAAACUUCACAAAGCUGCCCACUGGGAUUCAUGCAAGGGACCCCACGAGAUCUCCCUGCCUCCCAGCCUGCUUCUCUGGGAUCCACUCUCCACAUAGCCAUGAGAAUGCUCUUUCUGAAGAUCAAAUCAUGCCACUCCCUGGCUUAGAACCUGCCAAUGUCUCCCCAUUGCCCUUGGGCAAAUCUAAACAAAAUCUAAACUCCUUUGUAAGAUGCCAUGUGAGCUGGCCCUGCUGGGUUGCUGAUUCAGCCUGAAACACUUUCUCCUCAAACACGUUGCAUUUUUUCCCACCCCAGGGCACUUGCACGAGCUGUCCUCUCCUGGAGUGCCCUGCCCCAGACCUUCCCACGGGCUCGGCACACGCGGUCUCCUGGAGGCCACCCCAGACCUGCCGAGACAAAGCCCUCCCUGUACCUUUCGUGCUCGGCCUCGCUGCCUUUUGAAGUGACACGCUUUGUUUAUUUGAUUUUUCAUUCAUUGCCUGUCUUACCCCGUUAGAAUUGGGCGACUAGCAGGCGAGGGGGUUGCGCUCGGAUCCCCAGAACAGUGCCUGUCACACUCGGGGCUCCAUGGCUGUUUCUUGAGCGAAAUAAAUAAAUUCAACCUGAGCCAGCAACUUGACUGGGAAGCAGAACCUGCAAGGUCUCACUGUCCCGAGCUCCCGGCUCCAGGACGCUGUGCGCCUGCACCCUCGCUGGCGCUGCCUCGGGGCUCCAAGACUGACUGAGCUCCUAGUCCCCAGGAGACCUCGGGGGCGCCUCCCACUGAGGAGCAGGGAGCUCACAAGAGAUACAGGGAGGAACUUCCUCCUGGUGAGAACAGUAAUGCUGGAAACAGGACUUGGCUCCGGGUGGGAAGGGCGUGAGGAGCACAGGUGUCUUGACAGUGGUCAGCCAUGCUCUGCCAGUGGCCCUAACCACCGCCAGCCCUCUGCUGACUCCGGCCGCGCAGCCCAGGCUGUGCUUCUGCACCCCAGACUCACCGCGGGAGCCUGGUCUGCCCUCCCAAGACCCCGGUUCUGCCCUGUGGUCGGCUACUGUCAAAGGCCUCGCUGGAAGAAGACUGCCUCCCUCCAUCCCUUCCGGCCAGGCUGUGGCGUGCAGGGGGCAACACCUUGUGACAGUCUGUUUGCAGACAAGCUCACACUCUGAGUGAGGAGAAAUCCAGGCAAAGGGGCCGAGGGGCUGUGGGGCACUUGGUCUUUCUGGUUGCCUCUCCUAGUGGGUUGUUAAGAGAUCUUCCCUCAUGUCUAUUUUAGAUGCCAGCCUUGGUCCCCAGAGGACCUGGCAUGACCUGAUAGAGGACACAUCUGAGACCCCUUACUCCUGUCCUAGCCCGGCCUGGGUCCCUCCCUCCCGGCUGUCCCUCCCCCCUGGGCUGUCUCCUGCCCCCUCUCUGGCCUGCUCUCCACAGGGAUCUGGUGCCUUCCCCGAAGCAGCUUUGCCCCAAGGUCUCAGCUCCACUCAGCUUGGCUCGCAGACACCCUGACAAAGAGCCUCCGUAAGGCCAGGGCGGCAGACAGCUUGUGGAGGUGCAUGUCUUCGCUCCCAUCCUGGCUGUCACCUUAGAGCUGCUUUGUCAUUACAGAUGGCAAAACAAAGCAGCUAUGCGUACGCACACACAUGUACACGCACACACAUACCACACACACAUGCACGCACAGCGCACACGUGCACACCCGCAUUCACACACUCAGAAAUGAUCCUUGCCAAGCGCCACGGUCCCCAGGAGCCAGAGGCUCCAGCUUGUCCCUCCUUGCCCCGGGUCUGCUCUGUCCUCCCUCCUCUGCCCUGGUGUCCCAGCCUUGGGACCUCAUGCUUAACUGAAUCGGGCAGGGGCUGUCUUCUGAAACACAAGCUGGGCACCUGGCAGCUGGCAACACAUGCUCUAGUCAUGGAAUGCCAGUGUCUGAAGGGAGACCCGAGACCUCGUCCACGUUCUCAUUCUCCAGGACAAGAAACCAAGACCGCAGGGCUGCUCAGCUAAUUAACUAGCUGUCAGCUGGUUGCCGAGCAAGAGUCUGACUCUGGGCUGCCAUGCCCGGUCUUGGGCUCUUUUAUCUCUUCCGUUCUCUGCUCCUUGACAGGAAGGUGUGAGGGUGUGCGGGGGGCGUGGAGUGAGUGAGGCGGGUCCCUCUCUUGAACAGCUCGCCAUGUGAGAAAGGAGGUAAACCACAGCACAGAAACCUGCUGCACAACUGCUUCUGUGAAAAGGGCCACAGAGUGGCCCAAAGAAAAUGCCACAGAUCAGAGAAGGCGAAGGUUGAGUCCUGUGGCUUUCCAGGGACAUUUCAUAUGGGAGGUGACAUUCUGGUUGAGGCUUUAGGGAAGGGGGAGGUCCCGGGAGCACAUCCCAGGCUCAGAGAAGGACACACUUCCACGGAGAGGGGAGUGGGAGGUACAUUUAGGGGGAGAUGGGGGCCUCAUUUGCUUAAAGGGUGGGGUGGGUGGGGUGUGUGGGAUGUCUGUCUGUCUGUCCAUGCAGGUGAGGGGCAGGGACUCCUGAGAGGUGAAAGAUGCUCUCCCGUCCUGUGACAGCAGUCCACGCCCUGCACCACCCAGGGCCCCAGCAGAGCAGACAGAAAGGGGGUGCUGGAGCAUCCUGUCCUAUUAGGGAUAUCCUGAGUCCUGGCUGACAGGAGACGCUGCCCUGCCAUGUCCCUGAGACGGGACACAGAGCCCGCUUCCCAGGGAGGCCCCGAUGGGGAGGAAAGUCAGCCAGCUGGCUCUGGGGUCUGGUCCUGCCCUUCUGUCAUCAAGUGGAAGGAGAGAGAGGAAGGAGGGACGGAAGAUGGGCAGCCGGCAGGGAAAGAUGGAGGCGCAUGUGAAACCUCCUCCCUCCUCCCGAGCCAGACGGACUAGUCCACAGGCGCCCUUCCACUGGAAUGUGAGCGCGAGCUCCACAGCGUGGACCCUGAGCUGAGGAGUCUCACAGCUGGCGGGAGACGGAGCACUACAAUUCACCUCCACAGUUCACACCCAGCCCCGGGCAGACACCGCCAAGGGCGUGGUCUCUGCCUCGCAGGGGCCAUGGACUGACAGGCGGUGCACCCAGGGCUCCUCUCUCCCCAGAGCGCCAGCCGAGAGCUGAGGGCUUCACUAUGCUGGCUCCAGGCAGCCACCCCAAGCAGAGGACCAGGCCUGCCCUGCAGUGGCGGCAGGUCUCCUGGAUCACCUGCUGGAUCGCCCUGUACGCUGCGGAGGCGCUCCCCGCCUGCCCUUUCUCCUGCAGGUGUGACAGCCGCAGCCUGGAGGUGGAUUGCAGUGGUUUGGGCCUCACGUCGGUGCCCCCGGACGUGCCGGGUGCCACCCGAACCCUCUUGCUCUUGAACAAUAAGCUGAGUGCCCUGCCAAGCUGGGCUUUCGCCAACUUGUCCAGCCUGCAGCGGUUGGACCUGUCCAACAACUUCCUGGACCAGCUGCCCAGCUCCAUUUUUGGCGACCUGACAAACAUGACUGAGCUGCAGCUGCGCAAUAACAGCAUCAGGACCCUGGACAGAGAUCUGCUGCAGCACUCGCCACUGCUCCGCCACCUGGACCUGUCCAUCAACGGUCUGGCCCAGCUGCCCCCUGGCCUCUUCGAUGGGCUCCCGGCUCUGCGCUCCCUCUCACUCCGCUCCAACCGCCUACAGAAUCUGGACCGGCUGACGUUUGAGCCCCUGGUGAGCCUGCAGCUGCUGCAGGUGGGGGACAACCCCUGGGAGUGUGACUGUAACCUGCGUGAGUUCAAACACUGGAUGGAGUGGUUCUCCUACCGAGGGGGCCGCCUGGACCAGCUUGCCUGCACCCUCCCCAAGGAGCUGAGGGGGAAGGACAUGCGCACGGUCCCCAUGGAGAUGUUCAACUACUGCUCCCAGCUGGAGGACGAGAGUAGCUCGGCCGGGCUGGGUAUUCCUGGGCCACCCUGCACCAAGGCCAGCCCGGAGCCUGCCAAGCCCAAGCUCGGGGCCGAGCCGGAGCCGGAGACCAGCACGGCCUGCCCCCAGAAGCAGCGGUACCGGCCAGCGAGUGUGAGGCGCGCCAUCGGCACGGUGGUCAUCGCGGGGGUGGUGUGUGGCAUCGUCUGCAUCAUGAUGGUGGCGGCCGCUGCCUAUGGUUGCAUCUACGCCUCCCUCAUGGCCAGGUACCACCGCGAGCUCAAGAGGCGCCAGCCCCUGGUGGGGCGCCCCGAGGGUGAGCAUGAGGGCCAGAAGCAGGUCUCUUCUGUGGCCUGAGCCCUGCCCACUGGUCCAGGUGGGAGAAGGGAGGGAGAGCGCGGGCUUGCCCUGGGGGCCGCCCUCCCCUCCGUGCAGCCCCCUCACUCCAAGGCUGCUGCCGCCCCAGUCCCACCCUCCUCCUGCCCCCAGCGGAGGAGCCACAGUGUGGCCCUGGAACCUCCAAGUCUCCCCAGAGCUGUGUCGUGCCAAGGCCCUGCUGACGCUCCUCUUUGGGGAGCCGGGGGAGGUCCCCAGCCUCUGGCCCCAGAAGGAAAGGUUGUCGUGUGGCAGGAGGGUCUGGACCACGCACCCUCUCACCCUCUUCCUGGGGCAGUCACGGCAGGUGGUCACCCUGUCCCCCACUCAACCCCACCCCAUCCACACUUAGCGGGUGGGGAGGGAGCCACUCUGAGACUCUCUCCUAAGCCAGAAAGAUAUGCUUAAGCCCCUUGCAGUGUGAAAGCUGGGGUUCCAAAGUGCACACACCCCUGUCCCUGGACCCAGCACCCAGAGUACAGUGCCGAGAGCCUCGCAUGCUCCCUGGGCUGCCACCACAUCCCUGGCCUGCCCCAGACCACACCGACCUGCCCUCCUGGAUUAGCUGCCUCGCUCACACACUCUCACAGCGUCACAGCACGCCACACGAUGGACAGCUCGCACACACCCUCCCAGAUGGACAGCUCGCACACACCCUCCCAGAGACGGGGCCUUGAGAACCUGGGCGGUAGGGACAGGCUCUUCUCCUCGGCUCUCUGGCCCUGAGGCCACGGACCCUCAUGUCCUCACGCUUCCCACAAUCUUCUCAAGUCAACACCGAUAACACAAGGAUCCUCUGAGAUCCUCUAAAGUGGGCCAAAGCGGUGCUGCCGGAUGAGACUUCCCGUCACCAUGGUAACCCACUCACACCUCUGCUGCUGGGUUUUCUGGGAACAUCGGCCCAGGGGCUAGGAAGCGGCUGUGUGUGUGGACACAGCCUCCUGAGAGCCCCGCCUCAUGCCAGGGUGUUGCCUUUGUCUUGCCUAAGUACGCCGUGGCCGCCAGGCCCCGUGGGGACACACUGACUGCACGCCUGUGCCCUGCAGCCUGGCACUGUUACUCUCCACCCCUCACCCCUCCUUCCUCAGCGUCUUUGGGACUGUGUCCUUGGAUUCAGGCUGGACAGUGCUCUGUGGUGGGCAGCACCCCUUGGGAUGGUGCACAUGGCAGGCAGAGAGCACAGUGGCUCUCUCUGAGGCUCGCUGCCAGCUGACAUGUCUCAAACAGACUCCAGGAUCAGGAAGCAGAUGCCACAUGCUCUGCAGAGGCUUAACCCAUGGGGCCUCCUGCCUCAGGGUUUGUCUGCCCAGUCUGCUCCCAGACAGUGGGCCAGGGGUCCUGUCUGGGACAGGGACACCUGGCUCCAGGGCUGUGCAGGUUUCUCAGGGUCACUAGUCUCCUAUUCUGGCCCUGCCCCUCUGGGAGAGCCCGCCGUUGGGUAGGCACUGAGGUCUCCUCAUGCUCAGAGAGCGUCGGGAAGCCCUGGGCUCAUUUCUGGCUCCCAGAGGCGGUCUUGGGUGGCUUGGGAGGAGGCCAGCCAGAUUGCUGAAGCCAAGGGCUGCAGACGGGGUUAGCAAUCCCAGCCCCCCUUGCCCCCUUCCUCCCCACAGGCAGGGGGUGGGCAGGCUGGGCCGGGGCCUCUGAGAAGGUCAUUUUCCAGCAGGUGGACAGAGACCAGCAUAGGCUGCUAAUUGGGACCACAAGCCUCCCCCAGGUUGGGGCCACAGUCUUCCUUCUUUUGUCUUGUGGGCAAUACCAGAUCUGGGGUUUUCUAAAGGGACUGGGGGCGGGGAGGGCAUCAUCAGUGGUGGUAUCUUUAGCCUGAGACAGAAGAUUUUUAAAGGCAAAAUUAUAUUUCUGGUUUGUUGUUUCAGAAGACCAAUAAAGACUGUAUUUUCCUA